GCAGCCAUUUUUGUAGUAAUAAAUUAGAAUGCACCGAAUUUAAUUGGGUUUCUAUGGUAAAUCGCAAAGAUAAUUUUCAAAUAAUUGGGCCGACUGAGAGAAAAAAUCGGGUUCUAAGCCAGCGCGCAUGACUUAAUUAGAAGCAGUUUUACCUGCCUGGGUUUGAGAUUGAGCAGUAAGUCACUGUGCCCUUUGCUUGCAUAUCUAUAAAGUGACAUUGUGCGUUGUGACUUUUUACUGUGCAAUCUGUACCGCAUCGGAGAGGCUACUGCCCAUCCCACUUCUAUAAAUACCUCCCUGAGACUCUCCAUGGACUCUGAACCCGUAGGAGUGGGGGUGCCUGCAUGGGCACCUGCCCGUGCUGCCCGAUCCAUUAAAAAAAAUAAAUAAAAAGUAGCACUCGUUUUUUUCCUCAGUCAGAACAUUUUUUCCACGGGCAUGAUUGUCCGUGUACGGGCAGAUUAAUGAACCCUGUUGUACUUGAUGUUCCCAUUAAUGGCAUGAAAAGGUUACACUGUGAGAAAACCCUUUAUCGUUGCUAAAACGUAUAGAGAAACUAUGAAACGUUUUAUGUGGGUAGUUGUACUGUAUACAUAAAACAGAACAUUAAGAUACAUAGAUUCUUUUCUGGCAGAAGCGUGUCCAGGUAUGUUCUAUGUCAGUGAUUUUCAGCCACUGUGCCGCGGAGAGAUUGUAAGGUGUACCGUGGGAAAUUAUCCAAUUUCACUUAAUUGGUCUAAAAACUUUUUUUGAAAAUGAAUUAUUUGCAAAUAAUAUGCCAUUGUCGAUUGUCUGCGCUGUAAUAGUGAUGUAUUCUAAACAAACAAAGCUAUUUCAACAUUACUCCCAUUCUCCACGACAUAUAUGUGUGAGCUGAGCUUUUCAAACUUCACUCGUAUAAAAACUAAAAACAGAGAACUGAGAGCUGUUGAGGAAGAGCUUCGUCUUCAGUUCCUGCCAGGAUAUCAGCUUUGUGUCCGUACAGGCUCAGGUUUCACACUGAAAACGGGGAACUUCUGCAGGGACAUUUGAAGCGAAGCCAGUGUUCUUCACAGGAGGUCGGAUCCAACACAACAUGUCUUCCCAGAAAUCUGCUUCGGACAGCCUAGAAGCUCAAGGCGAACGGACGGUCUUGGUGAAGGGGUUCAGUACUGGGCAGGAGUCUGACGAACACAUCCCCAUGUGGCAGUGGGUCAUGCACGGCGCCAUCACGUUCGGGCGAGAAUUCUGCUACGCCAUGGAGACGGCCUUGGUGACGCCCUUACUGCUGCAGAUAGGACUUCCGGAUCAGUUCUACAGCCUGACGUGGUUUCUGAGCCCAAUCCUCGGGCUGAUCAUCACCCCACUGCUGGGCUCGGCCAGCGACGGCUGCACCUGCAGGUGGGGUCGCAGAAGACCCUUCGUUUUGGCUCUCUGUUUGGGCAUCUUAGUGGGACUGGCCCUCUUCUUCAAUGGCUCUCUAAUAGGUCUGUCUGUGGGGGACGUGCCAAACCACCAGCUGACAGGUCUCAUUCUGACGGUGCUAGGAGUCGUUAUACUGGACUUCUGUUUGGACGGUUCUGACGGGCCAAUUCGGGCCUACCUGCUGGAUGUGGCAGACACAGAGGAGCAGGACAUAGCGCUCAACACCCAUGCCUUCAGCGGCGGCUUGGGAGGAGCCCUGGGUUACAUCAUUGGAGGCGUAGACUGGACCACCACUUUCUGGGCUCUGGCUUUCAAGGCACGAGAGCAGAUCCUCUUCUUCUUCGCUGCUAUUUUCUUAACUAUCUCAGUGGUGCUGCAUCUGUUCAGCAUUAAAGAGCGGAGAUGGAGCCAGCAGCCAGAGAACGAAAAGGACAGCAUGUCCCCUGCAGAAGUUCCGCAGCUGGACGUCUUCCAUGGAGAUGAGCCUCACCAACCCUGUAGGGAUGGCUGCUCUGAGCGAGAUGUACCAAGGUUCCUCAUAAGGAGCAAAAGUGACUCUGCAUUGACCACGGCUGACGCUACUCUGCAUCUAGAUCGUUUAAGUGUCUUCCAUCAAGAGAUUGAACUGUCCAUCUUUCGGGAUCAGAGGUUCUCGGACCAGGGAAUAUGCAAUCAGCCUGGAAGUAAUGAAGAUAACCAGGAGAAACUCACUCGGUCUCCCUCAUGGCAGGAAUCUCAGGAGAAAUCGAUGGUCAGAACUGAAGAGGCAAAAGCCAAACCUUCUACAAGAGAACCUGAUUUGAAGCACAGUCCUGGUAGCCAUGCUUUGCGUGGCAAUGUUGGCUUAACCCCCAGCCAUGCCAUGAGGCCUCGUUGCCACACUCUGUACAGGCAGACCUCCUUCACGCUCUCCUGCCACUGCAGGGCGGGCGGCAGCAUCCGGCAUGCGCGAGCGGGCAUGCCGGUCAAGCUGUCCCGUAGCGUGAAUGAUAUCUGCGAGCCGAGGAGUCGUCCUAGACUCUGGUCGGGACGCCGCACUUUGAGCUCCGCCUCCAGCGCUGAAAGUGAGGAGCAGGAGGAACCUGAGACCAGCGUGCGGCUGAUCUGGCUCUCGAUGCUCACGAUGCCCUCAGCGCUGCGCCGCCUCUGCCUCUGCCAUCUGCUCACCUGGUUCUCCUUAACCGCUCAGGCCGUCUUCUACACAGACUUCAUGGGCCAAGUUGUCUACGAUGGAGAUCCUUCAGCUACUGCAAACUCAACAUCCCUACUGGACUACCGCCAAGGUGUCCAGAUGGGUUGCUGGGGACUGGCCAUCUACGCUGCUACAGCUGCCGUUUGCUCAGCCUUGCUCCAAAAGUUCUUGGACCUCUUUGACCUCAGCAUUAAGAUCAUCUACAUUCUGGGCACGCUGGGAUUCUCCAUCGGCACGGCCACAAUGGCCAUUUUCCCAAACGUUUACGUAUCCAUGGCGAUGAUAUCUACCAUGGGCAUUUUAUCCAUGAGCAUGUCUUACAGCCCCUAUGCUCUGCUAGGCCAAUACCAUGAACUCAAUGAGUAUCUCCGUCACAGUCCCGGGAAGUCCAAGCGAGGGUUUGGUAUCGACUGUGCUAUCCUGACCUGUCAAGUGUAUGUGGCACAGAUUCUGGUGGCUUCAGCACUUGGCUCUGUGGUGGACGCCAUUGACAGCGUGAGGGUCAUUCCCAUAGUGGCCUCAGGGGCCUCCUUCCUGGCCUUCCUCACUUCCACCUUCCUGGUUAUCUACCCAGACUUGGACGAUGAGCAGGUGGAGGCCUUGGCUCCAGGAGAGGCAAAUAGUAGAGAGCAUGUGGACAUGCCUCACUGGACGUCUGAAACACAGGCUGCAUAGCACUGUUCAUCACGUUCCUGAGUAGCUACAGGGAAGAUGAUACAGUCAUGGUUCCUCUCACAGGAAAUACAGCCUUACUUGGGAGGUUCUUUGUGACGCACAUCCCAACUCUUGCGUAGGAAACUGACCCAUUUCAUGGUAGAUGACUGUGACUUUGGUCAUGAAGUAACAUAACUUAUCUCUGUUCAGGGCAGAGGUGGAUAGUUCAGGUGCCGAAAGUAAAAAUUCAGACCAAGAUUUUAUUUCAACUGAGCACUUGAGUAUAAUGAGUCACAGACAGAGUUGGGUAAUCCAGGUCCAGAGAGUAAAAGUCCAGACUGGGAUUUCAUUUCAACCAUCCAGUUGAGGAUAAAGAUUCACAGUCACAGAUUAUUCAACUGAUUGGUUGAAACAAAAUCCCGGUCUGGACUUUUACUCUCUGGACCUGAACACGUCACCAUCUGCACGUCUACCUGCCUGAUCAAGAAGUAAAAUUGAGACUUACAA